AUGCUCACCGGCAACCCGUCCGCGGGCAAUAAGCAAGCCAACGAUCUCGCGAACGUGGAGUGGUGGUGCGGUGCGCGCGGCACGCACUUCAACGACUUCCCCCACCAGAAGUGCCCCAAGGGGGACCAGCUGAUUGCGAAAAUCAACUUCCCGGUCUGCUGGGACGGCAAGAAUAUCGACAGCGCGGAUCACCGAAGCCACGUGGUGCAUAUCCCGCUCAACACCACGUGUCCUUCGUCCCAUCCCGUCCCGCUCCCGCGAAUCAGCAUCAAGGUUUAUUACCCGGCCGGCAUUCAGCAGGAGUAG